AUGAGCGGGUUCACAAAGUUUCGCGCCGGUCUCACCGCAGCCGGCUGCGCCGCCAUCAUCUUCACGGGCGCAACGUACGGCGCCGGGCUCAAGACGCAAGAAGAAUGGAAGGAGGAACGCAAACAGUUCCACGGAUCUCCAUACGACGAGCAGAUUGGCCUCCUCGAGGGUCAAAGAGGCCGGCUCCUCUCAGAGAGACGCAACUACGAAAGGAAAUUGAUGGCUCUGGAGGAGAGGAUACGCGAAAGAGAAGCGAAGAAGCCAGAGAGCUGA